GAGGUUCUUCUUCACCGAGAGAGAGAGAGAGGGAGCGCACUAUCCACACAUACACGUCCUCACUUCACACUCUCCCACCAUCACCGACAAUGGAUUCCUCCAUCAUCACUGAAGUUCCGACUCUACCAUUUUCAAACCACCAAACCUUCAUCAUCAACUUCAACAGAACUAGAAUUGCCACCACCGUCACCUCCACUCCCUCCGUCGUCCGCAAAUGGCUCCGAACCACUCUCUGCCAUCGCCGCCGCAUCCUCCACCAUCUCGUCGUCGGCCUCGGCGUUCAAUGGCUCCCAGGCUACCGAACCAGUCCCGCAGCCACUCUCCAACUCUGCGUCGGACGCCGUUGCCUCAUCUUCCAGCUCCUUCACUCCGACUCCGUCCCCAACCUCCUCCGCCGCUUCCUCCUAAACCCUAGAAACACUUUUGUUGGCUUGUGGAACCACUCCGACGCCGAUAAGCUCUUGAACUCGAAGCAUGCGCUCGGCAUGUUUCGCGAGCCACUGGAUCUGAGGCAACACGCAUUUUCGAAGGUCACCGGUCGAAGCCUUGUACAAGCGUCUAGGGAGACUAUAGUAGAGGAGUAUCUUGGAAUCAGAGGCGUGAGAUUCGACGAUCAGAUUGGUAGGAGCGAAUGGGACAACAAAGAUCUCAGUUCUAUGCAGGUCUUGCAAGCUUGCGUCGAUUCAUACAUUUCGUUCCUUAUCGGGAAAGAUUUGAAGGCUUGGGAGAUCUCUUAACCUCCGAGUGCCAGAUUUUUGAAUGCCAUGCGAUGAACUGUUCUGUUCUGUUCAGUAGGUAGAUAUAACUUCAAUUUACAAUAAUAUGUUUAAUGCUACAAACAGUGCUUUUAAAGCCUUAUGAAUAAGAACAGGCACUUUUGAGAUCUCUGUCAGUUUAUGAUAUUGCGUACUAAUGUAUCAGAGCAUUUGGUAUUUGUUUGACAUUGAAAUAUCUUUUGAUUAUUGAGUGAGCCUCUUUGAAUGCAGAUUAAAUCUACAUGAAUAUGUAUGUAUACAUUUGCGUGUGUUUAUGUUCAUAGAAUUCAGCAGAGAUCCCUUCAGUUCAGUGAGUUCUUUGAUGCAGAU